AAAGAUAAAUGGAUGUCGGAUGUUUUUAAUGGAAUUGUAUAAUCGUCCAGCCUGUCGGGAAGGAUCUCAUGCAAAAGACUGUUCAAGGGUUUCUCCAUGAACAACCUGAAUGAUCCUCCAAGAUGGAAUAUUAGACCGGAGCCUGCAGGAGAUGACGGAGGGAGAUGGAACUAUGCCCUGCUGGUGCCCAUGAUCGGGCUGGCAGCAUUUCGCUGGAUAUGGACUCGAGAAUCCCAAAGCCAGAUUCAAGAUGUGAAGAAGAAGUACGACAGCGACGUGGCAGAGAUUACCAGAGACCUGGAGCUGAAAUACAGGGAGACGCUGACGGAAAACCAGCGAACGGCAGCACACCUGGAGCUCGAGCUCGAGAAGGAGCGCCAGCGGGUACAAGGCUACAGGAAAACCCUGAUCUCUCACAGCCAGCAGCUGAUGGAGGAACGCAAGCACCUCCAGCAGGAGCAACAGGACUUGAAGCAGGAGAAGAGCCGCUUGCUGCAGUCUGGAGUAGCCGGGACGGCGCUGCGGGAUGCCCUGCGGAGGGAGCAGCAGUGGCAGCAGCGGGCUCAGGAUCUGCUGCAGGAGCUGGAGGUGCAGCUGGUGGAGAGACAGGAGGCUUUCUGCAGCAUCCUCUUCCCACGAGAGCAGCGUCUGGAGAUGGAGAAGAACCUGCUGCUGAAGGUGGCUAAACACCCACUGGGCGCCGAGCUCCACCUAGAGGAAGAUCUCAGGGAUAUUUUUAAGAAUGACAAACACUGUGCGGAUUUGCUGAACAUGGAUAAGCGUAGGAAUGGGAAUCUGAUGUGGCUGUAUCUCAGGUACUGGCAGCUGCAGGUCACGCUGCAGAAACACAAGAGGGCAGAAGAGACGCUCAAAAAAGCAUCGCCAAACUCUGGUGGGAUCUCUUAAAGGGAUAGUUCACACAUAACUGAAAAUUCAUUUACUCACCCUUCAUGUGUCACACACCUCACUUAAGAAAAUAUUUUUGCUGCUCAAAACUACUUAUUUAAAAUGAGCUGACAAAUGUUUUUACAUAUUUAAAUGGAUUGAACAUAAAACAUUUAAGUUAAUGUAAUUGAUUUGUGUUGGGAAAAAUGAAUUGUGUCACAAGAAGAUAUUUUGAAAAAUGUUAGAAACCUGUAACCACUGACUUCCAUAGUAUUUGUUUUUCCUAUUGUGGAAGUCAAUGACUACUGGUUUCAAACAUUCCUCAAAAUAUCUUCUUUUGUGUUCAACAGAAAAACAAAUCUACUUGAAGGUAAGUAAAUUUAUCAGAUUUGGGUGAACUAUGCCCUUAACUUUCCCUAAAUGUUUUCCUUUGGUCAUCCUGAUCGUCCUCGUGAUUCAUUUAUCAGCUACUUAUGAUGCCAAACCUUUUUUGGGAAACAAGUUGAGCCUUGACAAUCAUAUCACAACAAAAAAUGUUUGGUUUGUUUUUGUUUCUUACAUGUGGAAGCAAAUUAAUCAAAUGCUUUCACAUCUAUUGCAUUACUGGUAAAGCUUAUUAGAGGAUUAUUUCAUUUUCAAUCUAAAAUGAGUUACUGAAAUGUGCAAUAAAGAAGAAACCAUAUAUUAGGA